AUGGAUAUCAAUUCAUUGCUCUCUUCGGACGCCCAUCCUCAAGGAGGAAAUUCGACUUCUACUGGUGCCACUUCAAAUAACGCACCGGCCUCGGCGGGCGGCCCUUCCCCCCACAAGGCGCUCCAGCGAACUCGUUCCGGCUCUACUCGUAAAAGCAAGACAUCCUCGCCUCUCGCGCAACAAAUCUAUGCCCCAACCGGGCCGGGAAUAGCGGAGACCACUCCGACAGCACCGGGAAGCUCACCUGUUGGCCCUAGCCAUACCAUAGGCAAUGGGUCACCUGCGACCGACCGACCGUCCUCUACUAAACCUUCGACCCCCGGCAUGGAUACUUUGGCUGAUCUAGCCGCAAUGCAACAUCCUCAAGCAAACCUCCAAAAUGCUCAAAAUAUGAUUCGCGGCACCGAGUCAUACGAGCACCAGUUAUCCCCAUCUACCAUCAUUCCUCACGUGAAUCCAAUCAAUCACAAUACACCAAUUCCUCGCACAUCUUUUGAUAUAGCUAUGUCUGAAGGUCCACGAGAAAGUGCGCGGAGAAACUAUGCAGGCACAUCGCUAGACCCGGAAGCACAACGGUUGGCCACGGAGCUGUUCAAUCAGAUCCAGGAAAAUCCUCAUACCUAUGACGCGCAUGUCAAGUUUAUUGGCAUUUUGCAUGGCGGCUUUGUUAACCAUGUCUACCCGCCAAAUAAUCCCGACCUUCAUGGUGACCCUCGGCGAUAUGACCUACUUAAGGAUAUGCGCAUCGCUAGAGAGGAAAUGGAUAAACUCUUCGCCAUGGGAGAGGAUCUCUGGGCGGAAUGGAUUCAAGAUGAGAGCAUGCUGGCCCACUCAGCUGUCGAGCGGGAUGCGGUUGUCAACCUGUGCAGGCGGUCUGUUGUUGAAGAAUUCGGAAGCACGAAGCUCUGGCAUAUCUAUGGCGAGUGGGUUUUGUAUCUCUACAAAUCUGCCGUCGGUGAAUGUGGAGGCGCAGGUCAGUGGACUGAGGAAGACCGAGGCAUAUUCACCUGGCAGUCAGUUUUGGAUGUGUGGAAGGAAGCCGCUGAUUCGACGCGAUGGAGAAUCAACAACAGCCAUUUGGUUUGGGAUCGCUACCUUGAACUUCUCACUCAGGAUAUCACCCGAUCUCCUACCCAGGAAAAGAUAAACCAUCUCCGUGGGCGGUAUGAUGUUCGACUCAGAACACCAAAUGCGAACUGGGAUCAGGCCUUCCAAAGUUUCUCGGGUUUUGUCUCCACUUAUUACGAAUCUAACUACGAGAAUAUCAUGGCAGAAACUGUUGCCCAGGUCUCGAAUGUUAAGGCUAUCUAUUCGGCCAGAGAGGAAUUGGAGCAACGGUUGAGCAAGGCUGAGGAAUCCGGUGAUAAGGCUCUUGAGUACGCAAUGUACACUGAGUACAUCGAAUGGGAACAGACUCGAAACCGCGGCCGACGAGAAUUUCACUUCGAGCUUGCCACUGCUAUCUACCAGCGUGCUGUCUUGCGCUUUCCUACUGAUGUCAAUCUUUGGGAAGAUCAUGUCAUGUUUCUUCUGGCUGAAUCUAUGCAUAAGCGAGCAUCUACUACUACCAUUCCUACUCUUGACCGAGGAACUCGUCAUUGUCCUUGGUCUGGUAAUCUCUGGUCACAGUAUCUUCUCAGCUCAGAACGCGAAGGCCUUUCGUUUGCCAUUAUUUCCGAUAUCAAGCACCGAGCGACCGCAACGGGAUUACUCGACGCUGGCGGAAUGGAAGAAGUGCUCAAGGUUCACACUACGUGGUGUGCUUAUCUACGCCGACGUGCAUUUCUCACGGACUCAAUCGAUGAGGACUUGGACGUUGCGGAGGUCGGUAUUCGAUCGGCAAUUGAGAGCGUACAGGAGUUGGGUGAGAAGAAAUAUGGCCGAUCCUAUCAGGGUGAUCCGUUGUUCCGCUUAGAACGUAUCUACAUCCGAUAUCUUAGUGAGAGUGGUAGCUGGGAUAGCGCCCGGGAGACUUUCAAGGGACUAGUGGCACGUCGCGGCAACAGUUACGAAUUUUGGCUUACCUAUUAUGCAUGGGAGCUUAUCUCAUGGAGCAAGUUUGUUCAAGGCGAGGCGACAGUGGAUGCUGCGAGACGCACACCUACGCCCAGCUACGCCACCGCCGUCUUGAAGAAGGCCAUCAAGCGCGACGAUCUCGACUGGCCUGAAAAGAUCGUGCAGACCUACCUUGCUCAUUGCGAAGACUAUGAAGAUUCCGCCGAGUUGCAGUUUGCUGUUAUUGAGACUCGAAGGGUUGUGAGAGACGUCAAUGCUCGAAGAACCAGGGAGGCGCAUGAGGCUGCUGCAGUUGCUGCUGCACAGCAAGAGCAGCAGCAACAGAAACAGGAGCAAGAUCAGAGUGCUGUGGCAGAAGCUGCUUCAUCGGAAAAGCGAAAGCGAGAGGAUGAGGUGGAAACAAAUGGUGAACCUGAUAGCAAAAAGGCCCGCGGUGAAGAUGCCGAUAUCGAUAUCAAGGCAGAGUCUGUGGAGCCUACCCGUGAUCGUGAGCAUUCAACUGUGGUGGUCAAGAAUCUGCCGAAGGAAACAUCCGAACAUCAGGUUCGGCAAUACUUCAGACAUAUGGGCACCAUCAAUGGCGUCAAGAUAGGACCUGGAGAGGGCGAGAAUUCGAACUCUCAAGUCGCAAUGAUUGAAUUUGAUUCCAAGGACGAGGCUCUUAGUGCUUUGACUCGCGAUCAAAAGUCAUUCGGGGAAAACACUAUUGACGUCCAACUCGAGACUGGAUCAACCCUAUGGGUCACAAAUUUCCCCGAAACCGCCGAUGAUGUCUAUAUCCACGGGCUUUUUGACAAGUACGGACGCAUUGUUGAAAUCCGCUGGCCCUCGCUCAGGUUCCGAAACGACCGAAGAUUCUGCUACGUCCAGUUUGCCUCUUCUACAGCUGCCCACAACGCCACUGAGCUUGAUGGAACGACCUCUGAACAAGGCCACAAGCUCACGGCGGCAUUGUCUGAUCCUUCUCUGAAACAAAAACGUGGCGGGGCAGUUCAUGAAGGUCGACAGGUAUACUGCUCAAAUUUGCCAUUCAAGUUGGACGCAAAUGAUAUUGAGAAGGCAUUCUUGAAAUAUGGCAAAGUCGAGAGUAUCAACCUUCCCCUCACUGUCGAUGGUCGCCGCAGAGGGUAUUGCUUUGUGACCUUUUCUACCAAAGAGGAGGCAAAUGCUGCACUUGCGCUGGAUGGCGAACAACUUAAAGAUCGUCAAAUUAACGUAAAGCCAAGUAAACCUAGCGGUGCUAAAGCUAUAACCAGCACCCAUAUAUCCCAUGUCGCCAGGUCUGCUUCACCUACAGGUUCAUUGGCAUCUGAUGCGAAUGGUACAAGUUUGGAUUUUGUGCAGACGACCGGCGACGUUCGAAGCCGUACACUCGCAUUGAUGAACAUACCUGAUACCAUCAACCAAGCCCGAAUUCGGGCCUUUGUUGAGCCAAUGGGACGACUUGUUAAGAUCGUAUUACGACCAGAUCAUCAAGGCGCCAUUGUUGAAUUUGCCGAUGUUCAAGAUGCUGGCAAGGCGUCUCUGUCCCUUGAGGGCAAGGAAAUCGUACCUGGUCGGCCUCUCCACGUCGGCAGCGUGGAGGAGUUGAAAACGCUCCAAGCUGAGCGCAAAACCUCUAAAGUUACCUCGAUUCACAAAGAAAAGCCUAAGAGUAUGCCUCAGCCCGCUGGUCCCAUCAGACGUCCCCAGCAACCUGGCUCUCGUGGAGGUCGCCGGGCCGGACUGGGAAUGAAACGAGCUCCCGCCCCGCAAGCUGCAUCCAAUGACAAGAUGGACACUUCAGCCGAUGGUAAAACCGGUGAGGAAGGUCCGUCCAAAAAGAGCAAUGAUGACUUCCGAGCGAUGCUGCAGCAUCCCAAGCAGUGA